AUGAAGGAGCAGCGUGAUCCACGUUUGAAUGAAAUUCUCUUUCCUUUCUUCGAUAACACUCGGACGCAAGUAUUAAUAAGCAAAUAUGAACAGGAUAAUAAUUACAUUGAAAACGGAAAAAUGUCCGGCGAUGCGUUUCUUCGCUUUCUAAUGUCAGAUGAGAAUUCGCCUGUAUUCUUAGAUCGUAUUGAUAUGUAUCAAGAUAUGGAUCAGCCGCUUUGUCAUUACUACAUUAAUAGUUCUCACAACACUUAUUUAACGGGUCGACAAUACGGAGGGAAAUCUUCCUCGGAAAUAUACCGACAAGUUUUAUUGUCGGGUUGCCGAUGUAUAGAGCUCGAUUGCUGGGAUGGAACGGGAGAAAACAAGGGAGAGCCAAUAAUUACUCAUGGGAAAGCCAUGUGCACCGAUGUUUUCUUCAAGGAUGUGUUGUAUCAAAUACGUGAUACUGCAUUCGAACGAUCUGAUUUUCCCGUUAUUUUGUCGUUUGAAAAUCAUUGCUCCAAAUCUAAUCAACUCAAAAUGGCGAAGUAUUGCAUGGAUAUCUUUGGAGAUAUGCUGCUUACCAAACCGCUAGACGACUUUCCGGUAAGUUCUUCAAUGCAUUGGAAUACUUUGACUCCGUUUUUAACAGGUGUCAAAAAAUAG